AUGGCUUCUUUACAAGACAUUGGUUUCUCUGCAGCUAUAAACCUCAUGUCUGCAUUUGCAUUCCUCUUUGCGUUUGCUAUGCUUAGGCUUCAACCCGUUAACGACAGAGUCUACUUCCCUAAAUGGUAUCUCAAAGGGAUACGAGGAAGCCCCACACGUUCCAGAGGGGUCAUGAACAGAUUCGUUAACUUAGAUUGGACUACUUAUGUCAAGUUUCUUAACUGGAUGCCUGCAGCUCUUAGAAUGCCUGAGCCUGAGCUCAUUGAACACGCAGGACUUGACUCUGCUGUGUAUAUCCGCAUCUACCUUCUUGGGUUGAAAAUGUUCGUCCCUAUAACAAUAUUUGCUUUUGGAGUAUUGGUUCCUGUCAAUUGGACAGGAGAAACGUUAGCUAAAAUCGAUGACUUGACAUUUAGUAACGUGGAUAAGUUGUCAAUAUCGAAUGUUCCACCAGGAUCACCGAGGUUUUGGGCACAUUUAAGUAUGACAUACGUAUUCUCAAUGUGGGCUUGUUACGUGUUAUAUAUGGAGUACAGGACUGUGGCUACUAUGAGAUUGAGACAUCUAGCAUCUGAAACUCGUCGUCCUGAUCAACUCACCGUACUUGUGAGAAAUGUUCCUCCAGAUCCUGAUGAAUCAGUUAACGAGCAUGUUGAACACUUCUUCUGUGUCAAUCAUCCAGAUCAUUAUCUUUGUCAUCAGGUAGUGUACAAUGCAAAUGACCUUGCAAAACUAGUUGCACAGAGGAAAGCUAUGCAAAACUGGGUGACUUACUACGAGAAUAAAUUCGAGAGGAAGCCAUCAAGUAGACCAACAACAAAGACAGGUUACGGAGGCUUUUGGGGAACUACAGUAGAUGCAAUUGACUUCUACACUUCUAAGCUCCAGAGCCUAGCCGAGAAAGAGACUAUAGAAAGAGAAAAGAUCAUGAACGAUCCAAUGGCUAUAGUUCCAGCAGCAUUUGUUUCUUUCAGAUCACGGUGGGGAACAGCUGUUUGUGCUCAGACACAGCAAUGUCAUAACCCUACAAUAUGGUUGACUGAAUGGGCUCCUGAACCAAGAGAUGUGUUCUGGGAUAAUCUUGCUAUUCCAUAUGUUGAGCUCUCAAUAAGAAGACUUCUCACAACCAUUGCACUCUUCUUUCUCAUCUUCUGCUUCAUGAUUCCUAUAGCGUUUGUUCAGUCUCUUGCUAAUCUUGAAGGGAUCCAAAAAGUUCUCCCUUUCUUGAAGCCCCUUAUUGAAAUGAAGACUGUAAAGUCUGUAAUCCAAGGGUUUCUUCCAGGGAUAGCCUUAAAGAUCUUUCUCAUUCUACUUCCAACUCUUCUGAUGACUAUGUCUCAGAUUGAAGGAUAUACAUCACUUUCUUAUCUAGACAGAAGAUCAGCAGAGAAGUACUUCUGGUUCAUUAUUGUCAAUGUCUUUCUUGGAAGCAUCAUUACUGGGACAGCUUUUCAGCAGCUUAAGUCGUUUCUUGAGAAACCACCAACAGAGAUUCCUAAAACAGUUGGUGUUUCAAUCCCAAUGAAAGCUACAUUCUUCAUUACAUAUAUCAUGGUUGAUGGUUGGGCUGGCAUUGCUGCUGAGAUACUGAGACUUGUUCCAUUAGUUGUUUUUCAUCUCAAAAACGCUUUCUUGGUUAAGACAGAACAAGACAGACAGCAAGCAAUGGAUCCAGGUCAUCUUGACUUUGCAACAUCUGAACCUAGGAUUCAGUUCUAUUUCUUGCUAGGUCUUGUAUAUGCUGCUGUUGCGCCUAUUCUUCUUCCAUUCAUCAUAGUCUUCUUCGCCUUCUCUUAUGUUGUUUUCCGGCAUCAGGUUAUAAAUGUAUAUGAUCAGAAAUAUGAGAGUGGUGCAAGAUACUGGCCAGACGUGCAUAGACGAUUGACCAUAUGUUUAAUAAUAUCACAGCUUCUGAUGAUGGGUCUGCUCAGUACAAAGAAACUAGCAAAAGUAACAGUUCUGCUUCUCCCUCAGCCUAUCUUGACCAUCUGGUUUUACAGAUACUGUGCAGGACGGUUCGAAUCAGCCUUCUCAAGGUUCCCAUUACAGGAAGCAAUGGUCAAGGAUACACUGGAGAAAGCGACAGAGCCGAAUCUAAACCUCAAGGAAUAUCUGAGAGACGCUUACGUGCAUCCAGUUUUCAGAGGCAAGGACCUUGACAGACCACGAGUAGUUGAUGAGGAAGAGAGCAAUCCUCUUGUACCAACCAGGAGGACUUCUCAAACAACGAGCAGAUACAACUCAGAAGCUAGUAGCACUACGAACACUCCUGUAGCCAACAAGCACAGUGGCUCUCCUGGGCCAAUGUAA